GACUUACUUCCUGUUUACAAGCCUAUUUGACAACCAUUCAUUUGUGAAUCAUCGUUAAACUUAUCACAAUUCCAGCUACAGUACUUUCAUGUAGUAUCGACAGUCUUUAGUUACAGCCAUGAUUCCGUACACUGUAAACAUUAAACUGUCUGCACGGACACUCACCGGGACUCUCAGUUUACAAAACAAAACUGCAGUUGACUGGGGUUGGCAAGGUCUGAUCGCUCAGGGAUGCCACUCCAGCAUCCUUAUUAUUGACCCAAAGACCGCUCAGACCAUUCAGGUCCUGGAGAGACACAAAGCCAAUGUUGUCAAGGUGAAAUGGUCCAGGGAGAACUACCACCACAACCUGAGCUCCCCUUACUCUCUGCGCCUGGCCUCAGCCGACGCCGCAGGCAAAAUCAUCGUGUGGGACGUGGUGAGCGGUAUGACGCAUUGUGAGAUUCAGGAGCACUCUAAACCCAUCCAGGACAUGGAUUGGUUGUGGAAUCAAGAUGCGUCACAUGACCUGCUUUUGGCCGUGCACCCUCCCAACUACAUAGUGUUGUGGAAUGGAGACACGGGGACCAAGCUGUGGAAGAAGAGCUAUGCUGAGAACAUCCUGUCCUUCUCUUUUGACCCGUUCGACCCCUCAAAUUUAGCCUUGCUGACCAGCGAGGGGAUCGUUUUCAUCACCGACUUCUCGCCGUCUAAGCCCCCUGGCAGCAGCGGGAAGAAGGUUUACAUUGCCAGCCCACACUCCAGCCCUGCUCACAGCAAACCCGCUGCCACACAUCCCACUGGUGCUAAAAAAGCUCUCAACAAGGUCAAAGUGCUCAUCACCAACGAGAAGCCCAUGGCCGAGGCAGUAACCCUCAAUGACUGUCUCCAGCUGUCUUACUUACCCUCAAAGAAGAGUCAUAUGUUGCUGCUGUAUCCCAGAGAGAUCCUCAUCCUGGACCUGGAGCUCAGCCAGACGGUGGGGGUGGUGGCCAUCGAGCGUUCUGGUGUGCCCUUCAUACAGGUGAUUCCCUCCGCACAGAGGGACGCUCUCUACUGCCUGCACGAGAACGGCUGCGUCACACUGCGUGUGUGUCGAUCUACUGCGCUCUCAGCGGAGGAAACAGCAGUGGCGCCUGAGACGGAGCAGGGAGUUCAGGAGCUGUCGUAUGACCUGCGCUCUCAGUGUGAUGCCAUCCGUGUGACGAAGACAGUGCGGCCGUACCGAGCGGUGAUCUGCCCCGUCAACGAGAACAGAGCCGCCCUGGUGGUGAGCGACGGACGAGUCAUGCUCUGGGAGCUCAAAGCUCACACCGGCAAAGCAUCGUCCAACCUCAGUUCAGGUUUGUCCCCACUCUACUCUCCUGUAAACUUUUGUGGGACUCCAUUGGGUCUGAACCAGAAACGAAUCCCAGACCUCUCCCUCAACACAAUGAUCGGUCCGACUCUGAUCUCAGGUGUUGAUCCUCCUGUAUCCAUGGUGGGGCAUCAGGAGGUGCAGCUGAAAUUCCUACUGACAGGGCUGUGUUCUGGUUUGCCCCUGCCACCCUUCUCUCUGCGCAUGUGUCCUCCUUUAACCACUAAAAAUAUCCAGCACUACCAGCCGCUGCUGGCCGUGGGUUCGAGUAAUGGUUCGGUGCUGGUGUAUAACCUGACGAGUGGCCUCCUGCACAAAGAGCUCAGCGUGCAUUCAUGUGAAGUCAGAGGAAUCGAGUGGGUUAGUCUGACCAGUUUCCUGUCCUUUGCCACCUCUGCUCCCAACAACAUGGGCCUUGUGAGGAAUGAGCUUCAGCAUGUGGACUUGCGCACAGGCAGGUGCUUUGCAUUCCGAGGCGAGCGCGGCAAUGAUGAGCCAGCCAUCGAAAUGAUUAAAGUGUCGCAUCUAAAGCAGUAUCUGGUGGUGGUGUUCAGAGACAAACCCCUGGAACUCUGGGAUGUGCGCACGGGAACCUUACUGCGUGAGAUGGCCAAGAACUUCCCCUCAGUUACUGCAUUGGAGUGGUCUCCGUCGCACAACCUGAAAAGUCUGAAGAAGAAACAGAUGUUGGCACGGGAGGCGAUGGCCAGACAGACCACACUGUCGGACGCUGAGCAGAGCAGUGUCGAGUCGUCCGUCAUCAGUCUGUUGCAGGAAGCAGAGAGCAAGGCAGAGACGAGUCAGGGCAUCUCAGCCCGCGAGCACUUUGUGUUCACCGACACAGACGGCCAGGUCUUCCACAUCACCGUGGAGGGCAACACUGUGAAGGAAGGCACGCGCAUCCCUCCUGAUGGGAGCAUGGGCAGCAUCGCCUGCAUCGCAUGGAAGGGUGACACGCUAGUACUCGGAGAUGUGGAUGGAAACCUGAAUUUCUGGGAUCUGAAGGCCCGUCUGUCCCGGGGAAUUCCCACACACCGAGGAUGGGUAAAGAAGAUCCGUUUCGCUCCUGGAAAGGGCAACCAAAAGCUACUGGUGAUGUACGCUGACGGAGCUGAGGUGUGGGACACAAAAGAAGUGCAGAUGGUGAGCAGUAUCAGAGUGGGCCGUAAUGUGAGUUACCGUAUCCUGGACAUCGAUUGGUGUACAUCAGAUAAGGUGGUUCUGGCCUCAGAUGACGGCUGUGUCCGCGUGCUGGAGAUGGCCAUGAAAUCUGCCAGCUAUAGGAUGGAUGAGCAAGACCUAACAGAUCCAGUGUGGUGUCCGUACCUGCUGCUCCCUCGUGCUGCUCUCACCCUGAAGGCCUUCCUCCUGCUGCAGCCCUGGUCUGGAAACUUCACCAUGGACAUCACACAAGUGGACUACCAAGAGAAGGACGAAAUCAAAGGCUUGGUGCAGGAACAGCUGAACUCCUUGUCCAAUGACAUCAAAAGCGUACUCCAGGACCCAGAGCUCAAUCUGCUUCAACGCUGCCUCCUAGUGUCCCGGUUGUUUGGUGAUGAGUCAGACCUGCAGUUUUGGAAUGUAGCAGCGCAUUACAUCAAGUCUUUUGCCCAGGCACGGCAGCUGAGCGUACCAACUCCUGAUGGGCAGACAGAGCCAGAGUGCUCCCAGAGUACCACUCAGUGCCAUCUGGAUAUCUGCCAUGAUAUUCUGUGUGAAAGCUCCUUCUUUCAGAGAUUCCAGUUAGAAAGGGUUCAUCUCCAGGAGGUGAAGAGGUCCAGCUAUGAACACACAAAAAAAUGCGCAGACCAACUGCUUCUCCUGGGACAGACGGACCGGGCGGUGCAGCUGCUGCUGGAGACGAGUGCCGAGAACCCGAGCUACUACUGUGACUCACUUAAAGCCUGCCUUGUGACAACUAUUCCCUCCUCUGGACCUUCUCAGAGCACCAUUAAACUUGUAGCCACCAAUAUGAUUGCCAGUGGAAAGCUAGCAGAGGGCGUGCAGUUGCUGUGUUUGAUUGACAAGGCAGCAGACGCCUGUCGUUAUCUGCAGACAUACGGCGAGUGGAACCGCGCCGCUUGGCUGGCAAAGGUGCGUCUGAACCCAACUGAAGCCUCGGACGUGCUGAAGCGCUGGGCUGAGUACCUCUGCUCUGCUCAGGUCAAUCAGAAGUCCAAAGCAAUACUGGUGCUUCUCUCACUGGGCUGCUUCCAGAAAGUGGGCGAGAUGCUCCACAGCAUGAGGUAUUUUGACCGGGCGGCUCUUUUCAUUGAAUCCUGUCUGAAAUACGGCGUGAUGGAGGCCAAUGACGCUACUAAUAAGCUAAUAGGGGCAGCGUUUUCCUCCUACGCCGGACUCCUUCACUCGGUCGGAUUGAGAGAGGGAGCAGCGCUGUGGGCCUCCAAGGCUGGAGGAGCAGGAGAGGAGCUCCUGGAGGAGUUGUUCCAGAACGAAGGCUCCGGCUCCGGAUCCGAUCACACACCUGGGGAGGAGGAGAAGAAGAGCAGCCUGGGAAUCACUGAAUCGCUCUAGAGCUUUCAGGUUAAGGGGAGAACUUAAAUAAGUGUGUUUGUUUUAUAUUUGUUGGUGGGAGUUGCUUUGAGAAGGAAAAAAAUAAUUGAAUGUUAUUGAAUGUGAGCGUAUGUAAAGUGUGCGUGAGCGAGAACGCGAUCAUUCACAUGUACAAUAAAAGCAGGCACUUCAUCUUACUAUGGGUUUGUUUAACCUCUUUGCAUUGAGUGGUCAUGUUGCCCACUACCUUGUCUCUCUCACACACACGCGUAUACUAAGACAGUGAAAACACUUGAGCCAUUUUUUUUUUUAAAUGGCUUCAUCAUAAACCAUAACCAAAUGCAAUGUGCUGCUUCAGACAUUCCAAAGGUCUUUUUUUUUUUUGACCAAACAAUUCUGGGUCAUACAUGAAGUAUUCAUUGUGUAUGGAAUAAAAUGAGUGGAGUGUUUUUGUUCAUCUUAUACCACCGUGAUUCGCCAACAAUUACUUUUAGUUUCUCAUAUACAAAUAAACAAAAUGUCGAUCUUUUUGACCAUUUAACGUCGUGGAACAUCCAAGACUCAAGUUAGUCCCUGUUAUCACUUACUUUAUACCAGUCACUUCCUCAACAACAACUUCUGUCUCUCAAAGUUAAUAAGAGAAGAAACCAUGGCUGAAAACAUACAAAAGCACUCACACCCCAGACUCCUUCCCUAAACUGAUAAACGAAUAUCUCUGUAAAGAUCUACUCCAUAGCAAUGAUUAUACAUUUUUCAUCUCUUUGUUAAAUAAGCAACAGGUUUUCAUUUGGAUCUUAAUUCACUAUGUGGAGUGUGCGCACGCUGGACAAAGCCUUCUGAAUGAGCUGUUACUAUAGAAAUAAUGUAUUAGAAAGAAUGAGCACAUUGAUGUACAGUAAAUCUAUCAUUGAUGUCACACCUGGGACUACUGACAUAGCCGUGCUCUAGGAAAUGAAUCAAAAUCUUCCCUUUUUUGAGAAUUUGACAAUAUCGAAGUGAGAUAAUGACGUGUAAAAACACAGUAUUUAAGAAUGAAAUGUCUGAGGAAUAUGACGGAGUAUUAGGGCCAUGGUACAUUAAAAAAAAAUCAAAGAAUUUCUAAGAUUAAAGGUGUGGGGGGGAACUCAGAUAUUCUUGAGAUUAUAAAGCUACAAAUGUACAAGGAAAAAAAAAACUCUCAUGCUUUGUAGCUUCCUGGCUGCAGUGCAUUCUGAGAACUGGAGUUAAAAUAUUUUAGCACUUUAUUCCUUCAUAUUGCACGAUCGAGGAUUUCCUAUAACUCUCAGCUCAGCUGUGUGAGAGUAACAGAGAAUUUGGGUAGAUGUGGAGAAUCCACACACUGAAAGUAACGGGAAACUGCUCGCGCACAGUAAUUACAGUAUACGUUUAUAAAUUGCUAAAACAAAUAGAAAAGUAAAUAAAACCUGCGUGGUUUAUACGGUCCUUUUGCAUCCAGUCAAUCACAAGCUUCCUGGCUGGAAUACAUUCUGGGAAAUGUAGUUGCAAAUCUCUUAGCACUUUAUUCUCUUGUAUUGCACGAUUGAAAAGGAAGAGACUGCAUUUCCUGUAAGUGUAGGCUCAGCCGGGGCGACUGUGGUGCGACUACGUUCAUCCGACCUUUCAAAGUGAAGCGAUGCGGAUCCUUGAGGGGGAAAAAAAAAAAAAAAGAUAUUUUGAGAUUAUUUUUUUUCCUCGUAGAAAAUUUGUGAAUUUUUAAUCCCAGAUUUUUUUUCCCUCAAAUUUCUGACUUAUAAAUCUUGGAAUUUUAUGACUUUAUAAUCUCAGAGAAUAUCUGAGAUUACGAGUUUUGCUCAUAAAUGUACAUCUAUCGUUUCAGAAAUUGAGUUUUUUUUUUUUUUAAAUAACUUUCAAUGACCCUAAUACGCCAUUGUAGUGGAAUGAACAUGUUUAAACGUCACAUAUACUGUACAAGGAGAAAUGUAUGAAUUAUAUAAUGAAAGAUUUAUGUAACCAUUUAGAAUCAGCUCCAGAACGAGUCUGAUGUAGAGUACAUACAGAGAGUGGGACCAGAUAUUGGGGAGGAAUAAAAAAAUAAAACAGACAGAAUUGAAAACUUUAAAAUCUUGUCAUCCAGCAUGAACAUAGCUACACUGUGGUGUCCCCUUUUUAAAGUAAAGCAUAAUUAUCAGUGCUGUUUUGGGUAAUGUUAGUGCUGUAGUUAUAUCUGUGUGUGUGUGUGUUAUUACAGUCAGAGAGAAAUAUACAGUAGUGUUAAUUUCUCAGCCUCGUGUGUGUCUCUGUUUUGACAGCUGAUUGUUCAUAAAUGUAUCCCUGUGCUGUUCUUCACCGAGUUCUUUAUAAGAAACCUCUUUGUUCCAGAAACAUUGUUGUUGUUUGUUCCUGGCUUCCUUUUUAAGCAAAUAUUGACUCUGAAUAUUGUAAUGAUGGAUGUGGAAUCAUUCUGAAAUUGUCUACAUGGUGAUGUUUCCUUGUAAACAGAAGCACAGUGAAUUGGUGCAUGCAGUUGCUUUGUGAUUAUCAAAUGAAUAAAUAUGUAUAUAGGAAAAGCAAUAAACGUCUAUGGAACGUUA